AUGGUUAACGUAUUCAACGUCCAAAUCUUCUUUAUCGUGUUUAGAGAAACAUUAGAAGCUGUCAUUGUUGUGUCGGUCCUUCUUGCCUUUUUGAAGCAAGGUUUAGGUAAAUCAACCGAUGAUCCAAAAGUAUACAAGAAGUUGCGGCGACAAAUUUGGUUGGGAGCAAUUCUAGGAGUUAUCAUUUGUUUGAUUAUUGGUUGUGCUUUCAUUGGUGCUUUCUAUGGUUUAGGAAAUGAUAUUUGGUCUAAAUCUGAAGAUUUAUGGGAAGGUAUUUUUUGUAUUAUUGCCACGGUUUUGAUUUCUUUAAUGGGUAUUCCAAUGUUGAGAAUUAACAAGAUGAAGGAGAAAUGGAGAGUUAAAUUGGCUCAAGCUUUAGUUAAACAACCAAAGGCUGAAAAUGGUAAAAAGCCUGGUUUGUUGGAAAGAUUGAGAUUGACUAAUUUUAUUCAACGUUAUGCAUUGUUUAUCUUGCCUUUUAUUACUUGUUUAAGAGAAGGUUUAGAAGCUGUUGUUUUCGUUGGUGGUGUUGGUUUGGAUAAACCAGCUACAAGUUUCCCUAUCCCAGUUAUCGUUGGAUUAAUUGCUGGUAUUGCUGUGGGAACAUUGUUGUAUUACUUUGGAUCCAAUUUAUCUAUGCAAAUCUUUUUGAUUAUUUCAACUGGUAUCUUGUACUUGAUUGCCGCCGGGUUGUUCUCAAGAGGUAUCUGGUAUUUCGAAACUUACAAAUACAACCAAGCUACUGGUGGUGAUGCUUCUGAAAAUGGUUCCGGUCCAGGUACUUAUGACGUUGCUAAAUCUGUCUGGCAUGUCAACUGUUGUAACCCAGAAACUGAUAAUGGUUGGGAUGUGUUUAAUGCCCUUUUGGGAUGGCAAAACUCUGCCACUUAUGGUUCAGUUAUCGGAUACAAUGUUUAUUGGAUUGCCGUUAUUGCUGUCUUGAUGUUGAUGCUUUAUGAAGAAAAAUAUGGACAUUUACCAUUCACCAAGAACUUGACUUUGGUUAAAUUGAAUCCAAUGUAUUACAUUAAGGGUAAAAAGAAACAUGAAUUGAGUAAUAAAGAAAAAGAAGAAUUAUUUGCUAAAGUUAAAUUACAAGGAUUUGAAAAUUCUGCUGCUAAUCAAAACCGUAAUGGAAAUGUUGCUAUUGAUGCUUCAGAUGAUGUUGAAUCGGAAAAAUUGGUACAAGCUACUGAAGCAAAGUAA